AUCAUCCUUUGCCUGCAAAAUACUGUAUACCGUGGGCAUGUGUCCUACAGUUUUUGGCAUACGUUGACACACAAAGGAUACAGCCAGGUCCAACCAUAUGAAACGUGGAUACUUCAUGUUAAAUUUUUCAAUUAACAUCUCAAUAUAAAGGUCCUUGGAUGCUACCUAAAACCCACCUCUCCGUUCAUUAAAUUAUGUAUUGAGAUGUUAAAUUAUGUAUUGAGAUGUAGUUUCUGAAAAGCUACUUAUAGGUUGACAUAUUUGACACUCAUGUUAGAUGCUGACACAAAUGUCCAUGUCUUUUUAAUAUAAAGGUUUCCGGGUUUGUGUUUAUGGACACAUUAUAUGCAUUUACAUCUACUGUGUCCAAAUAAAAUCUUAUUUCUAAGGUGAUGAUAACCAAAAUUGGUAUGACUGUUCAACUAAAACAGUAAAAUUGUUGCCCUAGCUAAUCUAGUACAAGUUUAGUUUUAGUAACACUGAAGAUCCAAUCAUUUUUACUACUGUGGCAAUGUUCAAAAAUUCGGACACUAACACUUGCCAGUGCCCCGAGGCUGAGUCCCCUUGUUCCUUCUCAAAAAGCCUAAGUAGGACUGAGAAACAUUUAUAGUGAAAAAUUAUGAAAACGGGAGACUCCUGGUUUAGGGUUCUUUUCAUUCCAAAAACACCAGGUACCAAAUUCACUCCAACUUGUGUUGAAUCCCCAGUCAGACCUAAAUCUUUUUAAAGUCUGCUUUGUAGUAAAUAGCAAGCCUGGAAACAAAAAGGGAACUAACAAAGCCUAUUUCCUCAUGCAGACUGAUGGUGUGGCCAAUGAUGGUGGGUGUUGAGAGAAUCUCUUGGUUCUAGCAUCUUGCUAGAUGAUAUCUAGUUAUCAUCUCCAUUUCUCCAUGUAAAUUUGUUUCUUUAUCUUUCGGGAAUGGGUUUGGGGCAUAGUGGCUAGGGGAGACUAGUCCAAAAGAUAGGAAACAUGAAAACUACAGUGCGCAGAUAUUGGGUCUUGGCCAAUUCAGAUCGGUACACUGGAGGGCCAACCCAAAACCUCAUUCUGGGUUUUAAAAUAUGUGAUCAAAACUCAAAAUGAAAGAAAAAACAAGUUGAGAAAAAGAAAAGAGGGCCAACCCAAAACCUCAUUAUGGGUUUUAAAAUAUGUGAUCAAAACUCAAUAUGAAAGAAAAAACAAGUUGAGAAGAAGAAAAGAAAAAAAAUGUGAAGCUCAAGGGCAUUAGAAGUGUCUUGUUAAGGAAAUUUAACAAAAUGCACUCCUGAGAUGAAUUAUUGAUCAAUUUACCUCGUCAUCAUCAUCAUCAGACUUUUCUCAAUAAUUUGGGGUUGGCUACACGGAUCAUGAUCCGUCCGUAGAUUCAUAGAAAUUUUGGCAAAGUUUUAGGUUGGCUCCGUACCCAAGGACGGGUUAAGAGAAAGUUUGAGGUCAUCACCUUUUUUUAGACCAAUUGAUCAAUUUACAUAUUUUUUUAAUUAAUUUCAAACUUCCCAUUAAACUACACAUAAUUAAGUUGGAAUACUUGAAAAAGAAUAAAAUAUUAAAUAGUUAUAAAUUAAUUGCAUUUUGAUAAAUUUCCCCUUAUUAAUGUUGUGCUGUUGUGGUGUCAUCGCCAGCAAAGAAAAAUGCACACAAACCAUCAUCUUAUCAUAGGAUCAUCACCGCCUACCAGUAACUCAACGGCAGAGAUGUUAUAUUAGUCCAUAAAGGCAUAAACUGUAGUCCACAACAUGUUAGAUGUGACGGUGAUUACUUCUUGUGACCAUACUAUUAUUCAAGCCAUGUGGAUCAUCUUAUGUUACAAAAAAACAUGCCCCGAAAAUCCCACCACAACAUUCAGACUUCAAAAAAAUAGGGUUUCAGGCUUCACAAUCAAUGGAGGGAAAUAGUUCAGAUUCAGCUCCACAGACGAAGAGUGAUAAGCAGGACCCUUCUUCUAUUCCAUCUGCCGUUCUAGAUUACCUCCAACCUAACUACUGGGAUCAGCGGUUUUCAUCAGAGGAUAACUAUGAAUGGUUAAAGGACUACUCCCAUUUCGAGCAUCUGCUUCGAGAACAUGUAAAAGCUACUCACUCUGUACUGGAGAUUGGUUGUGGUAGCUCCCACUUGUGUGAAGGCUUGUACAGAGAUGGGAUCACUGACAUAACAUGCACGGAUCUUUCAAAGGUUGCUGUGGAAAAGCUGCAGAAAUGGGUGGAAUCCAUGGGAUAUCAUGGUAUCAAAGUGGUUGAAGCUGACAUGCUAGACCUUCCAUUUGGAGAUGGAUGUUAUGAUUUCGUCAUCGAGAAGGGAACCAUGGAUUUACUAUUCGUGGACAGUGGUGAUCCAUGGGAUCCACACCCUGCAACUGUAAGCAAAGUGAUGGCCACGCUUAGAGGUGUUCACAGAGUUCUGAAAACAGAUGGAAUAUUUGUUUCUAUAUCUUUUGGACAGCCACACUUCAGGCGGCCGUUCUUUGAAGCAGAAGAGUUCCUUUGGUCCCUUGAUUGGAAAACAUUCGGUGACGGAUUUCAUUAUUUUUUUUAUGUAUUGAAAAAGGGGAAGAGAACAUCAAAGAGCAAUGGGAUCAAGAUCGUUGCACCUUCAAUUUGUUUAUUACAGGAGGAACUAGAGGGUGAGGAUUAUAUAUUUCGAACCAAUUUUGAUGAAAACAAGUGAAGAAUAGUCUUCAUUUUUGUAAUAUUUCCAUGGACGGCUGGAUUUUGGUAUCUGAACAACUCAUUCACAGAUCAGCCUUAAAAUAAAGGAUCGAGAUGUCACGAUCCUUGUACUUUUUGGUGAAUAGAUGCCUUGAUCCUUGUAAGCUAAUUUUUAUCGACUCAUGGAAAUCAUAUGCUUUACAUUACUGAACAAAUGAUCUUCACUCUUUGGAUUU